AUGGACCCCCAAGCGAAGGACCGCACCACCAACCCGGCGGCUCGGGGCUUCAGCGGUCGCCCGGCCUCUCUGGGAGCCGACGGGGGCGACUCGGAGUCCGGCGCCGGCUCAGAGGAGGCUGCCGUCGGCUGCUGCAGCGAUACGUUCAGCAGCCUGCCCGACAUCGAGCAGGAGACACUGGAGGAGAAAUUAAGAACACUGGCGUUCAGAAAACAGACGUCGUAUCGGAAAGCCAUCUCUCGUUCAGGCCUCCAGCACCUCGGUCCACCUCAGCCCUCCCUGCCGCCCGCAUCCAACGGCCCCAACAAGGAGCUCCGCGCCGGCGUGGACUGGACGGAGAACGCAGUGAACGGAGAUCACCUGUGGAUGGAGACAAGCUGCUCUGGAGAGCUCUGUUACCUGGGAGAAGAUACCUGCCUGCUAAAGACCGCAAAGUCGGCCCCCAGGAAGAAAUGUGCUGCCUGCAAGAUCGUCGUUCACACCAGCUGCAUGGAGCAACUAGAAAAGAUCAACUUUAGAUGCAAGCCAACUUUCAGAGAGGGAGGAUCCCGCUGCCUCAGAGAUCAGAACAUACUGAGACAUCACUGGGUUCACAGACGAAGACAGGAGGGCAAAUGCAGACAGUGUGGAAAGAGUUUUCAACAGAAGUUCUUCCACAGUAAAGAAAUCAUCGCCAUCAGUUGUUCCUGGUGUAAACAAGCUUUCCACAACAAGGUGACGUGUUUCAUGCUGCACCAGAUUGAGGAGCCGUGUUCACUGGGAGCCCACGCUGGUGUCAUCGUACCUCCGUCCUGGAUCAUCAAAGUCAGGAAACCACAGAGCUCACUUAAGAACUCUGCCAGAAGAAAAAAACGGACAUCUUUCAAACGAAGGACAAGCAAGAAGGGAAUGGAUGAGUCCAAAUGGCGUCCGUUCAUGUUGAAGCCUCUCCCCUCUCCUCUCAUGAAGCCCAUCUUAGUUUUUGUUAAUCCCAAGAGCGGCGGCAACCAGGGUGCCAAGGUGUUACAGAUGUUCAUGUGGAUCUUGAACCCACGACAAGUCUUUGACCUGUCGCAGGGUGGGCUUCGAGAAGCGUUGGAGUUAUACAGGAAAGUGCCAAAUCUGAGGAUCCUCGCCUGCGGAGGUGACGGGACGGUGGGGUGGAUCCUGUCCACUCUAGAUGAGCUACAGAUGAACCCCCAGCCUCCUGUUGCUGUUCUUCCUCUGGGAACAGGAAAUGACCUCGCCAGGACGCUCAACUGGGGCGGGGGUUACACAGACGAGCCGGUGUCCAAGGUUCUGUGUCACGUGGAGGACGGCUCGGUGGUGCAGCUGGACAGGUGGAACCUCCUGGUGGAGAAAAGUGCCGUCCAACCGGUGGAAGGCACUCAGAAGGUCAGCCUGAAUGUGUUCAACAACUACUUCAGCCUGGGCUUCGACGCCCACGUCACCCUGGAGUUCCACGAGUCCAGAGAGGCCAACCCAGAAAAGUUUAACAGUCGCUUCCGCAACAAGAUGUUCUAUGCAGGAGCUGCAUUCUCCGAUUUCCUCCAGAGAAGCUCCAGGGAUUUGUCCAAGCACGUCAGAGUGGUGUGCGAUGGUACAGAUCUGACUCCUAAGAUCCAGGAGUUAAAAUUCCAGUGCAUUGUGUUUCUAAACAUUCCCAGGUACUGUGCUGGCACCAUGCCGUGGGGAAACACAGGCGACCACCGGGACUUUGAACCUCAGCGCCAUGACGACGGCUGCAUCGAAGUUAUCGGCUUCACUAUGGCCUCACUGGCGGCGCUGCAGGUUGGCGGUCACGGGGAGAGGCUGCACCAAUGCAGGGAGGUCGUUCUUACCACGUUCAAGACUGUACCUGUUCAGGUGGACGGCGAGCCUUGUCGACUGUCUCCCUCCACUCUCCGCAUCUCCCUUCGAAAUCAGGCCAACAUGGUCCAGAAGAGCAAGAGACGCACCUCUGUGCCCCUGCUUAACGAUCCUCACGCAGUACCAGAUCGUCUCCGUCUGCGAGUUAAUCGGAUCAGCCUGCAGGAGUACGACAGACUGCAGUACGACAAGGAACAACUAAGAGACAUCUCUAUCCCAGUAGGCAUUGUUGUGGUGAGGGGAGACUGUGACCUGGAGACAUGCAGACUCUACAUCGACAGAUUACAAGAGGAUUUACACCAGGCGCCAUCUACUGGCCUCAGAGUGCACUAUCAGGAUGAGAGCAGAGGCAUCCCGAGGUCCAGCUCAUCCAGCAGACUCUCUCCCAACUGGAGCUUCUUAGACUCCACGUCAGCUGAUCGCUUCUAUCGCAUCGACAAAGCUCAGGAGCACCUGCACUUCGUAACAGAAAUUUGUCAAGACGAGGUGUUUAUCCUGGACCACGAGGGACCUGUGGUGAGCCAGGUGCCGUCCACGGGGAUGCCCGAUCUGGUGGUGGAACCUGCUGCUGGUGCUCCAUUGACACCUGAGGAACAAGCUCUGCUAACAGCUGCCAGUUGCGGGGAUCUUUCUAUGAUGUCGGAGUGUGUGCGUCGAGGCGUCAGCUUGCUGGUCAGAGACUCUGGAGGUUGUUCGGCGUUGCAUAAAGCCGCACACAACGGACACACAGAGGUGGUCAGCUACAUACUGCAACAGGGCUCCAAAGUGCUUCUGGAUUUAGCCGACAGAGAGAAAGGGGACACUGCCUUGCACAAAGCUGCCUCAGAGAAGAAACACAGCGUGUGUCGUUUGCUGGUGGAGGCCGGGGCGUCACUCGAUAAACCCAACUUCCAGGGGAAGACGGCGGUGCAGCUAGCGGACGGAGACUCUGAGCUGAGCGCCUACCUGAACACCCAACAACAAAAAUCAGCCACCCACGAGGACUUGGAAACGGCUGUCUGAAUCACCCACACACACACACACACACACAUUCACACACACACUCGCUCAUUCUCUCUGUCUCUCUGGACCCUGCACACACACUCGACGCCGAGAGAGAGAGAAAAGUGUAAAGAAACAAAAGUUUAAAACCAGAAAAUGAACAGAGUCUGGAUUUAGGAGAUAAAUCGAGACGAAACCACACCAGGAGUGAACUGCUUCAGCUUCACAAAAAGCACCGCAGUGGAGAGAUACAACAAAAAAAAAAACAAUGUUUUAAUGGUCAAAAAUAUUUAUUUGUAUUUAUUUAUUCAUAUUCUAUUUAUUGGUUGUACUGAUUGAUGGAUUUGAGUGAUUGAUUGUACAGUAUAACGGUUCAGGAUGCAAGUGCACUUUGACCAGCCGAAAAAAACACACAUGACGUCUCUCUCUCUCUCU